AUGCACGGGUCUUUCCUGUCGCUGCCGGCCACGCUGGCCAUCUUACUCCUCAGCGUACUCGCCACUGCUUACCGGCCCCUCCAAUUCGUCAAGCACACUGGCCAAUCCGGCCGUGCGGAUCAGGCUUUCAGUAUGGUCAACUACUUCAACGAGACGACGCAACAAUCCGACCUCUAUGUCCGCAUGUGGAUGUUCCGGUACAAGGACUCCAACAAGGGCUGGGCUGCCCUGGGACUGGGCCCGCGGAUGAAGGGGGCCAUGAUGUUCAUCAUCUACGGCGAUCCGCUGUCUGAGGAUAAAGGCAUGACCCUGACGGUGAGGACCGUCGACGGACACCACCCGCCCCGACCCACGGACGACAUGAAGGAUUUCUACAGCGGCGAUGUCCCCGAGGUCGAGGUGGUGACGGCCCAUUUCGAGGACUAUACCGGUGAAUGGUACUCUGAUCAAAUGCAAGCGAAGCCCUCGCACCUGGGCAUCGCGGACUUCAUCGUCCGCGGAUACGACCGAUGGGGCGCCGCGGAAUUGGGGGUCCACAACGACACCACGAAACAGGCUAUGAUCUGGAGUUCGAAUUUCCGACAAGACUUUGAAGGCGACUUUUCCGUGGACAGGAACAUCGAUAUGCACCAGUUUGGUCUGGGGUUCGGGUUUUUGUGGGUGGAUCUGCUGAAUGCGAGGAGCGACGUCGCGUUCUUUGGCGACAUCAAUGAAUUGAACGAUCACUCGGGAAUCAGUGAGACGGCGGAGCCCAAGCCGCCGACUGAGGAUGAAUUGAAGAAAGGCGAUGAGAUUAUUGCGGCCCAGACUGGUGGGGGCAGCGCAGGUGAAGGUGACUCGAAAGAAGCGGUACCAGAAGAACCUGCGGAUAAACCCGAUGAUUCAACUCCACCUGCAACAGAUGCCAAACCCGAUAGCGACGCUACCACGCCUGGCGCGGACGAUGGCAGCAAGGUCGAACAGCCCGUCAAGACGGUCAAGCAGUGGAACAUCAGAUCGAUGAUGUGGCAUCUCCACGGCUUCUUCAUGACCAUGCCCUUCCUGAUCGGCUACCCAUUGGCAAUCUACCUCCUGCGCUCUCCCCGCACGAGCGCCGCCGGCACGGCCUUCAACUACCACUGGACGGUCAACGCGCUGUCCUCGAUAUUUGUCUCCAUCGGCGCGCUGAUCGGCUUCGUCACUUCGCGGAGCAUCUCCAUCACGCACCAGUACGUCGGCAUCCUGAUCGUGUGCGCCCUGGCCGCCCAGCUCGUCCUCGGGUGGCGCCACCACGUCGUCUUCGUGACCAGCGGCGGCCGCAAGACCUGGAUGAGCACCGUGCACGUCAUUCUGGGAAGAGUCGUCUUCCCCGUCGGCGUCAUCAACGUCGUCUCCGGCCUAAUGCUCCGACAAUACGGCUGGCCUGUCAUUUCGCUCUGCGUGGCCCUCGCCGUGGUCGAGGUCGUGGUCUUGACGCUCGUGGUCGGCCAAGCGAGGAAUCGGAGACCCGGCGCAAUGCAGAAAGGCACCGCGGCACCCACGGCCGACGAAGCGGAAGAGUAUUUCCAACUCGCUGGCGACGACGAUGACGAUGAUGAGUUUAGUGACGACGACGGGGAGACGGGGAGGUUGAAUGCAGAGGAGAGGGCCAAGAAGGAAGCCGAGCGCGACGAGCAGAGGAAGAAAUUGGCAAAGUUGGAUCGCGUUUAG